CGCUCCGGAGUCCGGCUACAAAGGCCCCUCCCCAACCCCAAUCUGGGAUUCUGGGGAGACCUCAAGCCAUUAGCACAUCCGGUUCACGACCAUGGCUCUCUACCGCCUACCCCUCUUCCUCCUCAUCCUCAUAGCCAUCGUACCCCUGUUCACCGCCUCCGCUUCCCACAGCCAGCUCUCACCGGAGCACGCCGCCGCGCGCCGCCGCCACCACACUUCCCCCGCCACCGCCUGCGCGGCCACCGUCCAAUUCCACCCCGCCACCAGCGCCACCUCCUCCAUGCCCCAAAACCACCUCGGGAUGGAGCACAGCCCGUCACCGCUCGAAGCCACGGCGGGGAACCCCCAUGCACUGCCCGUGCCGCCCCAAGCAGCCACGCCGCCGCCUCCACCCCAGGCACCGGCACUGCUGCUGCAGGAGGACUCGGACUCGGAGGGGUCGUCAUCUGCUUCGGCCUCUCCAUCCGCGGCCGCGUCCACGACAACGACGACGCUUCUACCGCUCCUCAAUCAGCGCGCCGCGGCGGCAUCAGCAAGCUCUGCGUCUCCCGUCCAAGCCGGCGUCGCGAGGGUGGUAGGCUGGGGCAGCGAAGAGGGGCUGCUGCCGCUGGCGAGGGUGCUUACGGCGCUGGGGUACGACGAGAUGGCAUCGGCGGCGACGCACCACCCCAACUUACCGCCGCUCGCGAGGUGGCACGGGCCGAUCACCGUCUUCGCGCCUCCCGACAUCUCCCUCCAGACCUCGUGCUCCAUGUGCUCGCGCCGCCGCCUCCUCCUGGACCACAUCGCCUUGGGCUACUACCCGUACUCCGAGCUCACCGCCGCCCCCACCAUCAAGAUUCCAUCGGCCUCCGUCAACCUCUGCCUCAACAUCGACACCGUGAGCGCCACCUUCUCCGUCCACCACGCCAGGCUCUUCGUCGAAGGCGUCGAGAUUUCCCACCCUGAGGUCUACAACGACGGCCGCUACAUCGUCCAUGGCCUUCGCACCUUCCUGCAACCGCUCUCACGCUACUCCUGCUUCGACCGCUCGCACUCGUACCACUGCCACGGCGACAGCAUGCCAACCCGGUCGGACGCGACCUCCGUCUCCAUGUCCGCGAUGCGUGUGAGCAUCAGGAUCCGCGAGGCCAUCGCCCGUCUCCGCGAUGCACGUUAGAGACGGCUUCAUGCCGCCUGACUUGCCAUGGCGACACCGGCGGCCACCGGAAGUCCUGCGGACGUCGUGAUGAGUUCUGAACUUCUGAUGGCGCCCUCUCGAGCUUGGGUUGUGGAUGUGCAGUUCUGCCAGUGAAAGGUUCGAUCGUCUUUCCUGAUGUUCCUUGCUCCUGAUAUGCUGUGCAAAUUCUGCUCCUCAUCAGUUACUGUCGACAUGGCAUCCCCAUUGCUUCUUCAUUAAUUCAAACAUUACAUGAUCUUCUGAAAAUGUUGUUCGGUUGGUAAUUGGUAUACUCUCCAGGUUGGUAAUAAGAGUCUUGGUUUGAUCAAGCACCACGGUAGCAAUUGGAUGCCAUUGUAUUGUUUUUGUCAAUAACCCAUAGUGAUCUACUUUUUCUCUUUUCUGUCAAGAUGGAAAAAACAGUUUACAAUUGAACCUUCUCGACAAUGGUUUACCCUGUUGCCGUUUCUUCUUGAAAUAUGCCUUGUUGUGGUUCUUUGGGAACCUAUGUUUGUUGUGGCCGCCUGGAUUGAUUCAGAUGAUUAGCUCCGGGUUACGCAACUCCAGCUUCUUCAGCUUGAAACUUGGUAAAGAUUUGAACGAUCUGGUUCUGCAGUUACGCUAUUCUCAUCUCGUGUAGAGAUAUAUGCACUAUAUAUGCCACUUUUUGUGUCAUUUUCGUUUCUGCAUGCAUCAGUUAGUGUUAAGCUGGUUCAGUUUGCUUCUAGGCUGGAAUGUUGUUCAGUUUGCUGAGUUUUGUUGUUAAGUUAUACGUUUGUUUAGGCACGGAUGCCCUCAGUUUGCAAACCUGUGACAUUUAUCUGUGUGUAUUCUGGUCACUGAUUCACCACAUGUUCUGUUUUUCCAUGGAUUAUAUUCAUCGAAAGAGUGUCACACGGACCGAGACUGGCUCAUGAAGCUUAUUAAAUUCCAUAUUAUGGCAGAAAUGUUUGUUGCAUAAGUUCAAAUAUAUUUGGUACACGAUUGAAGGCUAUGGCAAGGAAUAUUUUUACCCAACAUGGAUGGCAGCAUGAUCAUAGGAUUGGUCCUUCUUCACUUUAGGCGUCAUAGGACUCUACAUGUCUCUUUGUAUUUCGUCUUUUUUAUUUUACGUUGGGUCUGUCUAGGUCUCAGUCGAUUGAGACUUCACGAAGUCUCACUCGGCUGAUGUCAUCAUAAGUAGAUCAGGCCUGUUUAGUAGCUCUUGUACGCUGGGUUGUAUCUGGCUUGAAACUGGGCUUAUUUUCGUUUUUCAGUUUGUUUGUUUGAUACUUUGGGCUGGGCUGCUUACUUUCUUUGUUUGUGAUUGGGCU